CUGUUUAGCGGUCUGUGUGGCGGGAUUUUACACAACAUCUCUCGAGCAAGUGCGUCACCGAGGAACCGUGAUGGCGGACAGCGAUGAUGAGUACGAUCGGCGCCGCAGGGACAAGUUCCGCCGCGAGAGGAGCGAUUACGACCGUUCUCGAGAGCGUGAAGAUCGUCGCAGAGAUGACUGGAGCGACAGGCGGCCGUCUGCCAGGGAGUGGGACCGGGGGAGAGAGAGACGGAGUCGUGGAGAGUACCGGGAGUACGAGAGAGGGAGGAGAGAGAGAUUCUCACCACCCCGACACGACAUGAGCCCCCAGGCCAAACGCAUGAGGAGAGACUGGGAUGACCAUGGUGGAGAUCCAUAUCAUGGAGGCUAUGAUCUAGGUUAUGGAGGCGGAGGAGGACCCAGCUACAUCCCCCCACAGCCUUGGGGUCACCCCGAACUUCACCUGAUGCAGCCACAUCACGGAAUCCCCAUUCAGGCCAGGUUAGGAAACAUCCACGAUAUGGACCUGGGUCCUCCUCCACCCGUCAUGAAGACCUUUAAGGAGUUUCUGCUCUCUCUGGAUGACUCUGUGGACGAGACGGAGUCGGUGAAGCGCUACAACGAGUACAAGAUCGACUUCAGACGGCAGCAGAUGCAGGAGUUCUUUCUUGCUCAUAAAGGAGAAGAAUGGUUCCGUUCUAAGUACCAGCCGGACGAAUCGGCGAAGAGGAAGGCGGACGCUCACGCCGCCCUGCAGAACCGCCUCGGCGUCUUCAUGUACCUGCUGGAGAACACCUGGUUCGACUCCGUCUCCAUGGACAUCGACCGGGCGCCGCAGAUCGUGAAGAUCCUGGACGCGGCCGUGAUCAAGAUGGAGGGGGGCUCGGAGAACGACCUGCGCAUCCUGGAGCAGGCGCCGGAGGAGGAGGACGAGCGCGAGAGGCGCGCGUCCGGCGGGGCGGCCGAGAACCAGAGACGGGACGAGGGCCGAGGGGCGGAGGCCGAGCGCAAGGGCCCGGCGGAGAAGGAGAAGAAACAGGGUGAGGAGGAGGAGGGCGGAGUGAAGGAGGACGGCGCUAAAGGUGGAGGUGAAGAUCCGAAACCUAAAGAACCUCCGGCUGAUGAGACGUCUGAACCUAAGAAGCUGAGCAAGAAGAGGAAGAGGAAGCACAGCGGCGACAGCGAGGACGAGGCCAGCGCCUCCGAGAGCGACUCCGACUCCGGCUGCUCGGAGAAACCCGGCGAGGGGGACGCGGACGCCGACGAGAAGGAGGAGAAGGACGCCGAGGAGAAGGAGGAGCGCAACGACGCCGAGGAGAAGGACGAGGAGGAGGACGACGGAGAGGCCGACGGCAAGGAGAGGAAGCGGGAGAAGCAGGAGGAGGAGAAGGAGGACGAGGAGGAGGAGGAGAAGAAGGACGACCAGCCUCCUAAACCCAGGCCGCUCCACAAGACCUGCUCGCUGUUCAUGAGGAGCAUCGCCCCCACCAUAUCGAAAGCCGAGAUCAUUGGGUUGUGUCGCCGUUACUCAGGAUUCAUGCGCGUGUGUCUGUCCGAGCCGCAGCCGGAGCGCAGGUUUUUCCGGCGUUGCUGGGUGACCUUCGACCGCGCCGUCAACAUCAAAGAGAUCUGCUGGAACCUGCAGAACAUCCGGCUGCGCGACUGCGAGUUGGCGCCGGGCGUGAACCGGGAUUUGGCGCGGCGCGUGAGGAACAUCAACGGCGUCACGCAGCACAAGCAGGUCCUCCGGAACGACAUCAAACUGUCGGCCAAACUGAUCCACGCCCUGGACGAGAGGGAGAGGCUGUGGGGUCACAGCGACACCCACCCCGCCCAGCUCCCGGCUCAGAACCCCAUCCUAAAGAACAUCACUGAUUACCUCAUCGAGGAGGUCAACGCGGAGGAGGAGGAGCUCCUGGGGAACACGGGCGGAGCCGACAGCGAGGACGGCAAGGACGGCAACCCCACCGAAAUCACCGUGGAGCGAGACGAGAAACUGGUCAAGGUGUUGGAUCGGCUGCUCUUCUAUCUCCGGAUCGUUCACUCCAUCGAUUAUUAUAACACCUGCGAGUACACCAGCGAGGACGAGAUGCCCAACCGAUGUGGCAUCAUCCACGUCCGGGGUCCCAUCCCCCCCAACCGCAUCACACACCGAGAGGUGUCGGACUGGGAGAAGAUGUUCGAGGAGAAGCUCGGCCCUCUGUUCAGCGUGAAGGAGUCGCUGCCCGAGGAGGAAGCCGUUAAAAUGGGACGGAAGGAUCCGGAACAGGAAGUGGAGAAGUUUAUUUCUGCCAACACGCAGGAACUGGGGAAGGACAAGUGGCUGUGCCCUCUCAGCGGCAAGAAGUUCAAGGGUCCAGAGUUUGUGAGGAAGCACAUUCUGAAUAAACACAAUGAUAAGAUCGAGGAGGUCAGGAAGGAGGUGGAGUUCUUCAACAACUUCCUCAUGGACGCCAAACGACCCUCCAUACCCGAGAUGAAGCCGCUGCCCCCGCCUCCCGGACCGGGACAGGGUGUGAUGUCUCCUGGUGGUCCUCCGUUCCCCCCUCAGGGGCUGCUGGGGUUUGGUGGGCCCAGACCUCCGAUGAUGGGUUACGGGGGUCCUCCUUACCCCCCAAACCAGUUCGGUGGAGGGAGGGGUAAUUAUGAUAACUUCCGUGGGCAGGGUGGCUACCCCGGGAAACCCAGGAACAGGAUGAUGCGUGGGGACCCUCGGAACAUCAUCGAGUACAGAGAUCUGGACGCUCCGGAAGACGUGGACUUUUUUUAGGACCCCCCUCACCCCUCCACCCUCUGAUUUUAUUUGCUUAUUUUAAUGAUGCUUUUGUUGUUUUGUUCCUGUGAGGAUUCGUUUCAGGUGUGAUUGUGCUCAGUAGUGAUCCUGUAGUGAACACGUCUCAGUCUGUAGCCCUUAUUUUCUUCUUUAAUAAAACCAUGUGGAACAAAUAA